AUGUCGCGUUUGAUUGUCGACAUCGAUAGCCACUGCUUUAGGGUCCCGUGUGAUUACAUAGGUAGAUCAGAAGUUCUGGAGAUCAAUUUGUCUUGUGCCCAUCGCGACUCGUCCAUAAAGGAUGACUUUCUGGAUACGUCCAUAAAGGAUGACUUUCAGGAUACGUCCAUAAAGGAUGACUUUCAGGAUACGUCCAUAAAGGAUGACUUUCAGGAUACGCCCAUAAAGGAUGACUUUCAGGAUACGCCCAUAAAGGAUGACUUUCAGGAUACGUCCAUAAAGGAUGACUUUCAGGAUACGUCCAUAAAGGAUGACUUUCAGGAUACGUCCAUAAAGGAUGACUUUCAGGAUACGUCCAUAAAGGAUGACUUUCAGGAUACGUCCAUAAAGGAUGACUUUCAGGAUACAUCAAUAAAGGAUGACUUUCAGGAUACAUCAAUAAAGGAUGACUUUCAGGAUACAUCAAUAAAGGAUGACUUUCAGGAUACGUCCAUAAAGGAUGACUUUCAGGAUACAUCAAUAAAGGAUGACUUUCAGGAUACGUCCAUAAAGGAUGACUUUCAGGAUACUUCCAUAAAGGAUGACUUUCAGGAUACAUCAAUAAAGGAUGACUUUCAGGAUACAUCAAUAAAGGAUGACUUUCAGGAUACAUCAAUAAAGGAUGACUUUCAGGAUACAUCAGUAAAGGAUGACUUUCAGGAUACAUCCAUAAAGGAUGACUUUCAGGAUACGUCCAUAAAGGAUGACUUUCAGGAUACAUCAAUAAAGGAUGACUUUCAGGAUACAUCAAUAAAGGAUGACUUUCAGGAUACAUCAAUAAAGGAUGACUUUCAGGAUACGUCCAUAAAGGAUGACUUUCAGGAUACAUCAAUAAAGGAUGACUUUCAGGAUACGUCCAUAAAGGAUGACUUUCAGGAUACUUCCAUAAAGGAUGACUUUCAGGAUACAUCAAUAAAGGAUGACUUUCAGGAUACGUCCAUAAAGGAUGACUUUCAGGAUACAUCAAUAAAGGAUGACUUUCAGGAUACGUCCAUAAAGGAUGACUUUCAGGAUACAUCAAUAAAGGAUGACUUUCAGGAUACGUCCAUAAAGGAUGACUUUCAGGAUACGUUCAUUCUCCUUCAGGGGACAUGA